CUUCCAGGGCAACUUGUUGCUGUCACUGGUGUCGCUGUCACGGUUCAAAGGAAAAAGAGUGGCCCUGACAAGCCUCAUUUCCGCCAGAUUCGGCCAGACACACCAUCCCGCAUUCUAGACUCUUUUACUUUAAUCUGCUUCUUCCUUUCUUCUCUGUGUUCUAUUUGCUUGCUAUUCAAGCCCCCAUCAUUGUCUAUUCUAGAGCUACGUCUGGAAACUGUGUUAUCCACCAGCCACGAUCAUCACGAUAAUAGAUACCCUUACCACUAUUACACCACUCUAAUACCAACCACCUUGACUGAGCUUUGCGCCAGUCUUGUACACCAUUCGAACAUUUCUUUACUCGACAACCGAGGCGCAUACCGAGAAGAUCAAAGGAGACUUGUACGGCUAUGAACUCGUUGUCAGCAGAAAUACCCCGAGAUUAGAAAGAAACAAGUUCGAUCGACGACCGAGCGCCCCUCAAGAGGUAGCACCCGAGACAUGCCACCAUUGUACUCUCACAACCUGGAACCCGGGCGUGACUCGCUAGAACUCGCAUCUCUAGCCAGCUCAGACCCCGGACCCGACACAGGCGACGACACCAGUUCCCGUCCGAGCAUAUCUUCGUCACGAAAGCUCUCCCUCGAGCGAGAGGACCCUCUGGAUAACGGCAACUACGCUGCCUCGGGCCACCGUGUGCGCCCAGAACGAUCGACGUCUGUCAAUUCUACAUUCAGCUUCGCCGCAAACCUCUUUCCUCUAUCGUCGACAACCGGAGGCGGAUAUGCUCCGUUGGGUGCGCCCACAGCAACGAGGGGUCAUGUCAAUGGCGGCUUGGGAGGAGGCUCGUUAGAGAAGCACAAGACCUUGACUUACCUAAAUGGUCUGUCCUUGAUCGUCGGCUUGAUCAUCGGCUCGGGCAUCUUUUCUUCGCCUAGUCAAGUCAACGCCAAUGCAGGGUCGCCUGGAGCAGCCAUUAUAGUAUGGGUUGUGGCGGGGAUUUUGGCCUGGACGGGCGCCGCAAGUUACGCAGAGUUGGGAGGUGCCAUACCAUUGAACGGAGGCCCGCAGGUGUACCUAUCCAAGAUCUUUGGAGAACUGGCCGGAUUUCUGUUCACUUGGGUCGCGGUGCUGGUCCUGAAGCCUGGUAGCGCCGCCAUCAUCUCCAUCAUCAUGGGCGAGUACCUGGUGAGAACCUUCAUUGGCGCCGAAGCCGAGACCAUCAACCCCUGGAUCAGCAAGUCAGUCGCGCUGGUUGGACUCUUUCUGGUCACCUUUCUGAACUCGGUCUCGACCAAGCUCGGGACACGGAUGAACGAUAUGCUCAUGUUUCUCAAAUUUGUUGCAUUGCUUGGCGUUACCAUUGUUGGCAUUGUCGUUGCCGCGACUGGCUUCUCGUUUUCUGGGGCGGCAAAUCUCGACUGGAAGAAGCAUGACUGGUUUGAGGGCACCAAGAUGGAUGCGUCGGCUUUCGCGGUGGCCCUGUAUGCCGGUCUUUGGGCGUUUGAUGGGUGGGAUAACACCAAUUAUGUGGUUGGUGAAUUUCGCAACCCCGGUCGAGACCUUCCACGGGUCAUUCACACAGCCAUGCCCCUCGUCAUUUUGAGCUACAUCCUGGCCAACGUUGCUUACUUCUUUGUUCUCCCCCUGGACACUAUUAACUCUACCAACACCGUAGCCGUCAUUUUCGGCUCCAAGGUCUUUGGCCCCGUUGGCGCUCUAAUCCUCGCCCUCAUUGUCAGUGCCUCCUGCUUCGGUGCUCUCAACGCCUCCACCUUCACCAGCAGCCGCCUCGUCUACGUUGCCGGCAAGGAAGGCUACAUUCCUGAGCUCUUUGGGCGCAUCGGCAGCGGCACCGCCGUUGACCAACACGAAUCCCUAACCACCAUGCGCACUCGCUCGUGGUUCACCAAGAAGCUUGUCCGUAUUGUUGCCGAUGAAGAUACCGGUCUCUUCUACACGCCGAUCCCCGCGCUCAUGCUCAACUGCGCUCUUACGACCGCUUACGUGUGCGUGGGCGAGUUCGGCACGCUUGUCACCUUCUACGGAGUGGCUGGCUAUACGUUUUACUUUUUGACGGUGCUGGGUCUGAUCGUGCUUAGGGUGAAGGAACCUAAUCUCGAGAGGCCGUACAAGACGUGGAUCACCACACCUAUUAUCUUCUGCUGUGUGAGUCUGUUCCUGCUGAGCAGAGCGGUCUUUGCCCAGCCGCUGCAGACCUUGUUGGUUGUGGCUUUUGUGGUGGUAGGCGUGCCGGUGUAUUAUUGGCGGAGGUAUGUGAACGGGCGGAGCGCCGUUAAGAGAGAAGCGGGUGGGAUGAGAGAGGUGAGGGAAGAGAGACCCUGGUGGAAGUUUUGGCAGAUAAGGUAAUGAAGAUUUGUUGGUGGUGUUUGGUUAGCCGACACUACCUCUUGGAUAAAAGUGAUGAAGGCUGUUUAUGAACAAGAAGCUUUGUCACUUGGCAAGGGAAACUUUCUUGCCGAAUAAUCGGAUGACCGAAAGGAUGAAUAGAAUGUCUAGAUACCCGGUACUUGGUACCGCAAAACAAACCUGGCCUUGAACCUAUCGAAUUCUGACUCGUUCCCUAGGAGUCUUGUCAAUCUUAG